CACCAGCUCUCUAAACCCCUCAAAAUAUGUUCACAAACCAACAGAGGUCUGCAGCCUCCACAGCGGCAUGGGUUUUUAACAGAUCCUGCUUUGUAUUUGGACACACUCUGUCUGCAAGACUGCGACUUCUCAAUAGGACGGAUAGUAUUACUUCAGGCGAUGCUGCUUAGAAGCUAUCUCAGUGCGACUAUUCUACUAAUAUGUUAUGUCCUGUUAAGUUGUACGUCAGAACACGACAAGAAGAAAGGUGGAAUAAUUCAUAGCCCUGCCAAAAAUGCUGACAGCACCAUUAAGGGGAUGAGAAACGCAGCAAAAGUAGACGACGGGGGAUCCGAUGCUGCCACCCGAAUGAAUAAGGUCAAAAAGACAGGAAGUCCGAGACGAAGAAAUGACACAGGCUGUACUAGCCUGGGAGGCAUCUGCCAGACGGACCGAUUCAUCUGCCAAGGUCGAUACCUGAGAGACAAGUGUUCAGGACCCGCAACGAGGCGGUGCUGUAUGCCAGUUGGAGCGUGGCGUGUUCUAUGUGCCGGUCACUACAACAACAGAGUGAGAGGCUGCGAUCUGCACGGCUGUGGAGCUUUUAACUCCAGGGGAGAUCAUGACCUCCAUCGGGCUGUGGACUUGGUGUGUUCCGACUAUGGUACUGUCAGCGCUCCGUUCGCUGGCUCUCUGGCUGGUCCAGUGAGUCAGAAAGACCCUGCUGGGUUCCAGUAUGAUGGAGUCAAACUUGUCAGUGACGUGCACUGUGUAAAGCUCUUUAACAUCCGGCCGUUCCGCUACAUGGGAACAGUGGCUCAAGGGGACCCACUGGGUUAUGUGUUGCCCCUGCAAGAACGCUUCUCCGGCAUCACCUCACACCUCAAGCUGCAGAUGUGUGACGGCACUGACCCUUCACCUUUCAUCUGAGUGACCUUUGGUGACCUGCAUUCAUCAUUUAUUAAAUGAAUUUGGAUACC